AUGGUUGUUCGUUCAAUUAUCGUUUCACCUCCAACAACUAUAACUUAUUACCAUCCAAUGUCUAUCGGUCUUCUGGUCCACCCAUUAUCUCCUCAUAUCCCACCGGCAAGUUCUCCCUCAGCCUCCACCGCCGGUAACCAUCACCAACGUAUUUUCUCCUUAGCAGAAACAUGUUCAGACAUGUCUCAGCUCAAGCAACUUCACGCCUUCACUCUCCGUACUACUUACCCUGAGGAACCCGCAACUCUGUUUCUCUACGGCAAAAUCCUCCAGCUCUCUUCCUCCUUCUCCGACGUCAAUUACGCGUUCCGGGUUUUCGACUCCAUCGAAAACCAUAGCUCUUUCAUGUGGAACACUCUUAUAAGAGCAUGUGCUCAUGAUGUUUCAAGGAAAGAAGAAGCCUUUAUGCUUUACCGGAAAAUGUUAGAGAGAGGUGAAUCUUCACCGGAUAAGCAUACGUUUCCGUUUGUAUUGAAAGCUUGCGCUUAUAUAUUCGGGUUCUCCGAAGGGAAGCAAGUUCAUUGUCAGAUUGUGAAACAUGGGUUUGGUGGAGAUGUGUAUGUUAAUAAUGGUUUGAUUCAUUUGUAUGGGUCUUGUGGGUGUUUGGAUUUAGCACGGAAAGUGUUUGAUGAAAUGCCUGAGAGAAGUCUUGUUUCGUGGAAUUCGAUGAUCGAUGCUCUGGUUCGGUUUGGGGAGUAUGAUUCUGCGUUACAACUGUUUAGAGAGAUGCAGAGAUCGUUUGAACCAGAUGGUUAUACGAUGCAGAGUGUUUUGAGUGCGUGUGCUGGUCUUGGAUCUUUGUCACUAGGUACUUGGGCACAUGCGUUUCUGCUGCGAAAAUGUGAUGUCGAUGUUGCUAUGGAUGUUUUGGUUAAGAACUCGUUGAUCGAAAUGUAUUGCAAAUGCGGGUCGUUGAGAAUGGCUGAGCAAGUGUUUCAGGGGAUGCAAAAACGUGACUUAGCUUCAUGGAAUGCAAUGAUUCUAGGGUUUGCUACACAUGGAAGAGCUGAGGAAGCCAUGAAUUUCUUCGACCGUAUGGUGGAUAAAAGAGAGAAUGUUAGACCGAACUCAGUCACGUUUGUUGGCUUGCUCAUCGCCUGCAACCACCGAGGCUUUGUAAACAAAGGGCGCCAGUAUUUUGACAUGAUGGUCAGAGAUUAUUGCAUCGAACCUGCGUUGGAGCAUUACGGUUGCAUCGUCGACCUUAUUGCUCGUGCAGGCUACAUUACUGAAGCUAUUGACAUGGUAAUGAGCAUGCCAAUGAAACCAGAUGCAGUGAUAUGGAGAAGUCUCCUUGAUGCUUGUUGCAAAAAGGGUGCUAGUGUGGAGCUAAGUGAAGAAAUUGCUAGAAAUAUUAUUGGAACAAAGGAAGAUAACGAAAGCUCCAAUGGUAACUGCAGUGGUGCAUAUGUACUGUUGUCUAGAGUUUAUGCAUCAGCUAGCCGCUGGAACGAUGUUGGAAUCGUUAGAAAACUAAUGAGUGAACAUGGAAUUAGAAAAGAGCCUGGAUGCAGUUCUAUUGAGAUAAAUGGCAUCUCCCACGAGUUUUUCGCAGGAGACACGUCGCAUCCUCAGACCAAACAGAUAUACCAACAGUUGAAGGUGAUCGACGACAGGCUAAGAUCAAUUGGUUAUUUACCGGAUCGCUCUCAAGCACCUUUAGUGGAUGCCACCAAUGAUGGUAGCAAAGAGUAUUCCCUUAGGCUGCACAGUGAAAGACUUGCCAUUGCUUUUGGUCUGAUAAACUUACCACCUCAGACUCCAAUCCGUAUAUUCAAGAAUCUACGUGUCUGCAACGAUUGCCACGAGGUUACUAAACUGAUCUCAAAAGUCUUCAACACUGAGAUCAUCGUGAGAGAUCGUGUUCGUUUCCAUCACUUCAAAGAUGGAUCCUGCUCUUGUUUAGACUACUGGUAGCAAAAAAAAAACUAGUCGCAGUAAUUGAAAGAGAUUGAGCAUUAGAGUUGGACAAAAGGGAAAGAAUGGUAUCUCUAAAUCAUAAGUUUGGUAAUCAAGCAGUAUCUCUAAGUCAA